UGCAGAAUCCAAACGUUAUCCGCUUCAUAGCCGAGCGGCUUCGCCACCCAACCCACACUCCUCCGCCCGCUCUCCCCUCCUCCAUGGCGGCCUUCGCCUCCACCUCCCCCUCGCCGGCGAUCUCUGCCUCGACCUGGCGCAUGGAAUCGCUCCGCGCUGCACUCCCCGCGCUCCGGCCCUCCGCGUCGGCGGCCAUCGGCGCCGGUCUCCGCCGGCGCAAGCAGGCGGUCCGGUUGGGCGCCUCCGCCUCCCCUUUUCUCAGGAGUUCCUUCGUCUCUACGUCUUCAGCUUCUUCGUCCGCAUCUCCCGCCUCGAUUUCCUCCGCGGUCUCGGCGUCGCUCGCCUUCUCGUACACCUCCUCGUUCUCCGUUGAAUCAAGUUUUGAGCACCGAUUGUUUGGUACUGAUGUUCGUGGAAGGAUAUUGGCUAUGAGGCAUGGGAAACGUAUUCCUAGACUCGGCAGACCUGCAGAUCAGCGGAAGGCACUUCUCCGUGGGCUGACCACACAGCUGCUGAAGCAUGGGAGGAUAAAGACUACCAAGCCAAGGGCAAAGGCAAUGAGGAAGUGGGUUGAUAAGAUGAUCACGCUGGCGAAGGAUGGAUCUCUUCACAAGAGGAGACAGGCCUUAGGGUAUAUAUAUGAGAAACAUAUAGUCCAUGCAUUGUUUGCCGAGGUUCCGGACAGGUAUGGGGAAAGACCAGGGGGCUACACAAGGAUCAUCCCAACGUUUCCCAGGCGGGGAGACAAUGCACCUAUGGCUUACAUCGAGCUCGUCUAGCAGGGAAUCAUCCAUUAGUUCCAGUCCAUCCAUUGAUGCGGUUCAGGCCACGUGUCUGCAAAUAGCCUUUUGAUUAUCUGUUUUCCUUAUGUUAUUUUGUAACAACAAAGUGUACAUUAUCUGUGGAAUUUUGAACUGCCUAAUUUCGCCCUGUAAUUGCAAAAGCAGUGUGCUAUACCUGUA